CGCGUGAGCUCACGCAAUCCUCGCGAGCUGCCUGUGACUACUCUUCCCCUAGGGUUUUCGUCUUCUGCAAAAUCAAUAGCGAUUUGGGUGUUAAAGCUCCUCUCUUUCAAUCUCAAUCAACCUUCGAUUCGGCGUCAACACCUCGUCACUCCUCCGACCUUAAAACCCUAGAGAAACCCUAUUCGAAAAUGUCUUCUGAUCACGGAGGUGGAGGCGCUUCGAAGAAGAAGAGCCACCACAAGCUUCCCCAGAACCGAUCCAAACCAAUGGCGGCCCCCAGACCCAACCGAUCGGUCCCACUCCCCUCGGAGGACGACGACGACUACCCCAUGCUCAAGGUCAGCUUGAGCUCAAUCUCCAAGCUCGAAGUUCGGAACUUGAAACGGAAACUAACGGCCGAGCUAGACCAAGUCAGGAGCUUGAUGACGCGGUUCGAUCCCCAACCUCAGAGCAAGAAGACGAAACAAACAGGUAACAAGAAAGGUAAUGCUCAGAUUCUCAAGAGCUGCAACGCUCUGCUUACUAAGCUGAUGAAGCAUAAGGAUGGGUGGGUGUUUAAUGUUCCCGUGGACGCUAAAGUACUUGGCUUGCAUGAUUACCACAGUAUUGUUAAGGAGCCUAUGGAUUUGGGGACGGUGAAGGCUAAGCUAGGGAGUGGUUUGUAUGAGUCUCCGCUUGAUUUCGCUGAAGAUGUGAGGCUUACUUUUAAUAAUGCGAUAUUGUAUAACCCCGUUGGGCAUGAGGUGCAUAGUAUGGCUAAGUUUCUGUUGAACAUGUUUGAAGAGAAGUGGGUUUCUAUUGAGGUUCAGUUUGAUAAUCUUCAUAGGAAGGUUAAACCGACUCGCGACAUUGCGUUGUUCUCUCCUCCUGUUGCUCCUGUUGUGGAGGCGGUACGUUCCCCUCCACUGCUUCCGCCUGCAGUGAUUGAGGAUAGGACUUUGGAGAGAGCUGAGUCUAUGCCGACGCCUGUGGAGCCUGAGACUGUGACUACUAGUGCCCUGGAGAAGCCUGAAGAGGAAGAGGAGGAGGAGGCGCCUGUUGAUGUUAGGGACCUGACGAUGGAUGAGAAGCGGAGACUCAGUGAAGAGCUUCAGGACUUGCCUUAUGACAAACUAGAGACGGUGGUUCAGAUUAUCAAGAAGAGUAAUCCGGAACUGUCGCAGCAGGAUGAUGAGAUUGAGCUGGAUAUUGAUAGUGUUGACAUCCAAACGCUUUGGGAGCUUUAUAGAUUUGUGAUUGGGUAUAAGGAGGGGUUGAGCAAUAAAAAGGAGGAUCAGGGGUUUGGUUCUGAAAGAGAUGCUGAAUCUGUUCACAAUAGUAUCCAAGAACCGACCACUCUAGCAACUGGCACUGAAACAUCAAGAGCUAAUGAAUCAGGAAAAGCAAUUCGCAUGUCAUCUCCUGGUCGGCAAGAAAACAACGCAGGUGGAUCAAGUAGUUCUAAUAGUUCUAGCAGUGACACAGGGUCUGGCUCUAGUGAUUCUGACAGUGACAGCUCUUCAGGACGCGGAUCAGAUACGGGUAACUAGCGCCUGAGAAGUUUAAAAAGGGUCUAGCUUUAGAGUCAGUGUUGUCAUGUUGUUUACCCAUCUCUUUCAAUAGCACACUUAGAUUUUUUCUACGUUGAUGACUUUUACCAGGCUGGAUUGUUUGUUUUCUGUAUUAGGUUUUUGUUACUGUACAGAAGAAAUGAACAACUUUUAGAUGUCACUGUCUCUCA